UACGGACAAAAAAGAAAAGAAAAAGGAGCGGACUGCAAUCUGGGGGAGCUACGGCUCACUACUUGUGUUGCCAAACGGGAUGGAUUCGUGCUUAGGCUUAAAAUUUCGGCUUUCCUCUUUCUUAACCCAGUAUCAGUUUCAGAAUCUGCGAACUCCUGACAUUUAUAUAUCAGCAAAUUCAACAAACCCAUUACUCAUUUGCGCAAAUCGAUCCUCUCUUCACCCUCCUCGUUUUUCACGCCAGGUGAUCAAAGCCACAACAGUAAUGGAAUCCGAGCAAAGUGGAACUUCAGUCGAUAACACAGGAGGACCCAUGAAGCUCUUAUUUGUGGAGAUGGGUGUUGGCUAUGAUCAACAUGGGCAAGAUAUCACAGUUGCAGCAAUGCGGGCAUGUAGAGAUGCCAUUUCUUCCAAUUCUAUUCCUGCAUUUCGCAGAGGGUCCAUACCGGGUGUUACGUUUGGCCAAAUGAAACUUCAAAUCAAACUUGGAGUUCCACAGUCUCUCCAAAAAUUCUUGGAUAUUGAGAGGGUCAAAUCAGUUUUUCCUUAUGGGGAAAUUCUGAAUGUCGAAGUUGUGGAUGGUGGAUUGAUAUGCUCAAGUGGUGUCUAUGUUGAAGAAAUGGGAGAUAAGAAUGAAGACUGUUACAUAGUGAAUGCUGCGGUAUAUGUUGGCUACUAGUUUCUGUUAACCCACAUUCUCUCUCCAGUGCUUUGAGAGAUUAAAAGAUUAUCAAAUUACCAGUGGUGCUUCUCCACAUUUUUGGAGACAGUAGCACUGGUGCAUUUGGCUGAAACAAGGGAAAUUUGACAUACUCCAAGAGACGAUGGUUAUAGCUUCACCUCCUGUUGCUUUUUGGACGAAUGAUGUUUCUGAUAGUAUUAAUAUCUCUACACCAUAUCUCACCUUGUCAUAAUCGACAUUCUUUUAUUGCCUCAAGAGGGCCUGUCCUGUAAUGAUUAGUCAUAAUAUCUCUGUUUGGUAUUUUCAAGACACUUGGACCUUUA